UUCCUGCUCUGACCCCUCGGCAAGGUUCAGCCUCUGUGCCUUUGCUUCUCUCUCCCCCUGGAUUAAGCCCAGUCUGGCUGCACCAGACAGAGCCUGUUCCUUUGGGAAUCUCAGCUCUGGAAGCAGGAGAUUAUUUCCCCCAGGGGAGCUGGGCAGCACCUCCUGACCCUGAGAAAAUCUGCCUCUAAGCACAAAGCAAACACAGCUCAAAAUCCUCCUGGUAGCACCUACACCCCUUCCUCAGCCUGCCUCUGGCUCCAUCCCCUCCCAGACGGGCAAAUCCUGCACAGAUUCAGCACCAGCAUCCCAGGAUUUUGUCUCCCACCUCUUCCCAAGCAGCAGAGAGCACCAGGAGGUGGCAGGAGAAGGGGAGGUGCCACCAAGCCUGGGGAAAUCAGAGUAGAACGUUCCAGAAGCAGCUGGACAGUGCCAGUCCCUGUGGCUCAUCCCAGAAGGGCAACCCUGGAGCUGGGCAGGGGGGCACAGCCCAGGGAGUGCCCCAGGGGCAGGGGACACUGCAGUGCCACCAGCCUGGGAGGAGCUGCUGCUCUGGGGACAUCCUGGAGUGUCUGGCACAAGGAUCUUCCCUGAGCUGGGGAUUUGGGGUGGUUGAGCAUCAUUUGGGCUUUGGAGGCCUGGAGGAGGGAGGGAAAGGAUCUCCCCCCUUCUCUGCACCCCCUGUGACUGCCAGCCCUGACUUUGGGACUCCUGACAGGGCAAAGUGCAUCAAAACCAAGCAAAAAUGGUCCAAAAGUUGCUUUCAGCAGCUGAACUUCUGCAGGCCUCUGCAAGCUCCAGCACUACCUGCACAGCUGGGCAGGGUGGCACAGCCCAGGGGGCAGGGGACACUGCAGUGCCACCAGCCUGGGGGUGCUGCUGCCCUGGGACAGCCAGGACACCCUGCACAGCCCAAGGGGCAGGGGACACUGCAGUGCCACCAGCCUGGGGGUGCUGCUGCCCUGGGACAGCAGGACAUCCUGCAGAGCUCCAAUCUGUGCGUGGCUGCUGGGAUGUGAGGGUGGGAUGAGCCCUGGACUCGUCUCCUCUUUGUCCCCUCUGUGUCCCUGGGCUGGGAUGGCUUCAGGUCCAUGUUCUGGCACUCCUGGAUUGUCCCCACGGUGUCACAGAACAGGCCCCAUGUCCAGGAAGCCUCGGCCAGGGACUUGGGAAAUGAGAUGAAGUUCUCAAAAUGAACCAGCACAAAAUACAGAUUUGAAAGCAGGAACCAGAGCCACCUUCUGUUGUUUGCCUGCAACUUCUCCCAUCAUUUGCUCUGCAGCAGCACCUGCCCUUGUGCCAGGGCAGCCUGGGCCUGCCCGUGUGGCCCCAGGCAACAUCAGCCAGGCCCAGGAGGGCUCCCAGCAGCAGCAGUCCCAGUUCCACCCUGCCCUGGCACUGUCCCCAGCCCAGUGUCACCCCCUAGCUGCCCCAGCCCCCCUCACCCUGCCCCUGCUGCCCAGCACGGGCUCAGGCCAUGGGGAUGUUUCAUUCCAGACCCUUCCCCUGGGCUCCAUCCCUGCUCCUCAUGGGAUGUUUCUGCAGGGAGAAGGGCCCUUCCCUGCUGCCCUGGCAGCACUGAGAGCCCCAAGGACCGGUUGGGAGCCCAAAGGAUGUGAGAGCCCAAAGGAUUCCCUGCACAGAAGCCUCCCUUCCCCGUGUGGCUGUCACUGUCCCCGCUCAAGGCAGGGAAACUGAGGCACAGACACAGAGGCCUCGUGGCUGCAAUUCAGUGCCCCCCUGGCUACCAGAGGGGACAGGUUCUGCUGGCCCUGCCCUGCCUGCUCCCUGGCCUGGCUAAUCCAGGGCUCAGCUGGGGCAGUUUAACCACAAACAGGUUUCACCUGGAGCAGGCAGUGUGGGGGCAGGUCCACAGCCACCCUGCAGCUCCUUCAGGGUGUGUUUAUAAACCCACACCCCCCUCACCCCAGGGGCUUUCUCUCCUUCCUUUUUUUUUCCCCUUUUUAUUUUCUUUUCUUUUUUUUUUUCUUUUUUUUUUUUUUUUUUUUUUUGCCUUUGUGCUUUGGGAGCUGAGGAGCAUUUGGGAGUUGCUACUUCAGGAUGUUUGGGAUGUUCUGCUAGAGCUUAGAACUUUCUUCCAGUGCUACCAAGCAGGUGAAGGGACAAUGUCCUCACGUGGCUCUGGACUGCCCCUGGGGCUCGAUGCCCAGCCCAGCUGCAGCACCCCAGUGCCUGUACCCAGGAAUUCCCUCCUGGCACGGCCUCUCCCUGCCCCCUGGAGCUGCUCCCUCGCCCUGCUCGGCCAGGAGGACACCGUGGAGAGCUGCAGAGGGAGCUCCUGUGAGCUGGGGGUGGCCCUGCUGGAGCCCUCGUGCCCCGGCCCCGACCCGCAGCUGGUGCGCAGGAUCGUGGCCCAGGUGGAGUUCUACCUGUCCGACGAGAACCUGGCCAAGGACGCCUUCCUGCUCAAACACGUGCAGAAGAACAAGAUGGGCUUUGUCAGCAUCAAGCUGCUGACAUCCUUCAAGAAGGUGAAAUACCUGACCCGGGACUGGCGCCUCACCCUCUACGCCCUCAAGUUCUCGGCGCUGCUGGAGGUGAACAAGGAGGGCACCAAAGUGCGGCGGCGCCUCCCCAUCCCCGAGUACCUGCUGAGCGUCCCCCCCAGCAAGCUGCUGCUGGCCUGGGAGCUGCAGCCGCGGGAGCAGGACCUGCCCCUGCAGAAAAACUUCCUGGACACCAUCACGAGGAUGUUCAGCCCCUUCGGCGCCAUCGCCUCCAUCCGCCUGCUGCGGCCGGGCCGCAAGCUGCCCUCGGACGUGCGCAGGUACUCGGCGCGCUUCCCCGAGCUGCUGAGCCGCUGCUGUGCCCUGGUGGAGUACGAGAGCCUGGAGAGCGCCCGCAGCGCCGCCGAGAGCCUGCGGCAGCGCGACUGGCACGGCGUCAGGGUGGUGCGGCUGUGCGGCAAGGGCGGCCGCAGGAGAGCCGCGGAGGAGCGGGCGGCUGCGAAGGCUCCAUCCGCACCUGCGGCGUUCCCCCGCAGCCUGGAGGGUUCCCUGCUGCAGGCCGAGGGGGCCGCGGGGUCGCUGUCCCCCCUCCUGAGCCGGGAGCUGCCGGCACCGAGCUGGCCCGGGGGAGACUUGGCACCGGGAGAUGGCAGCGGGUUCCCCGGCUCGCUGCUCCCUCCGCUCGGGCUGGGCACCGAGAGCCGCCCGGGGGGCUCCUGGACACCCUGGGGCAGCCUCCUCUGUCCCAAAGCUCCCCCCAGCCGUGGGCAGGGGGUGUCCGAGCCCCUCAGCCUGUGGGACGGGGUCCUGCCCCACGGCCCCGAGGGCACCGAGGGCUCCGGCUGCAGCCUCGGGAGAGGAGAGCUCGUCCUGCGGCGCUGAGACUCCUUCAGAUCCAGGGCUAGGGUUUGUAAUGGUCUUUCUUUUCCCUUCUUCUUUCGACGGGAAGGCUUUGCUAUGGCCCUGCGAGCUGUGGGCAGUGCAGUGCAGCUGAUCCAGGGGACAGGUUUUGGGGCAAGGGCGAUGCUCGAGGCAGAGGCUGAGCAGCAGCAGGAGCUGUGCUGUGCUCAUGCCGGUGAGACUGUGCUUGCUCAGGGCCCAGGGCUGGGCUUGGGGUCCAGGUUUUGGAUGAGAAAUGGACAAUAAAGAGAGAUGAAGU